ACCCUAGUCAGAUUUGAUUUAACCUAGAAGCUUCUAGGUCUCCUACACGUUUACUUUAUUAUAGACGGUCGACUUCUUCCAUCUUUAUCCAUUGAAACUAGUUCUCGCUCUUUAUACGAAUCCUUCCUCGCGAAAAUGGCUAAUCCUAAGGUUUUCUUUGAUAUGACCGUCGACGACAAACUGGCUGGUCGGAUUGUGAUGGAGCUCUUCGCCGACACGACACCAAGGACGGCCGAGAACUUCCGAGCCCUCUGUACCGGCGAGAAAGGCAUCGGGAAGAGUGGUAAGCCACUGUACUACAAGGGAUCACGCAUUCACUUUGUGUCCCGCAAAUUGAUGUUAUGUGGAGGAGACAUCAUUGUCGGGGACGGAUCCGGAGGCGAAUCGAUCUAUGGCGAAUUAUUCGAGGAUGAGAACUAUAUAAAGAAGCACACCGGUCCGGGUGUCCUCUCUAUGGCCAAUGGUGGUCCAGACACCAACGAUUCUAGGUUCAUGAUCUGUAUGCAGAAGUGUUUUCCACUCGACGACGUGCACGUCGUGUUCGGCCAAGUUGUUGAAGGAAUAGAUGUGGUAGAGAGCAUUAUGGAAGAUGUAGUAACUUAUAACGGGAAGCCUUCCAAGACCGUGGUGAUCGCCGACUGUGGUCAAAUUUCAUAGAUUUGAGAGUUUCUUUAUCCUAUCACUACAAUGGUAGCAUGCUUGGUGUGUUUUUGUUCGUUGUUUGGAUUUGAGUUUGCUAAAAAAAAUAAAAAAACACACCUCCAAAUCUUGACCAGUACCGGCAACGGACUGAACUUGAUUUGCCAGUUGCCACAUUAUAAAUGUAUGGCUAAAGAGACUACGAAUACAUAUCAAACUUUCACGACA